GUCGUCAACUCUUGUACCAAUUUUCAUGUUGACCAGAGGAUGUAUCCUACAUGACUUUGAAGAUCCCCAGAUGUUUCCUCUAACACCAACAGGAGGUUCAGGACCCCACCAGUUAUAUUCUACGGCCUAAUCCAGAGACUUCUCAUUGUUCUGUCAACCCAUUGGCUCGAGGCAUAAAUAUAUGGGACUGGUGGUUUAAUAGCCUGAAAAUCCAUAGACUGAUGUGGCCAAAAUAGUGCUGGUUCUAACCUGUUUACAGAAGCUUUUACAUAAAAGUAGAGUUACUCUUUCAUGGUAUUGAUCAACAGUCAUUAGAAUGAGCACUGAGCGAUUGAUGUGCCAUUGCAGCUCUGUUAGCAUUCUGGUAAUUUAGUUUAGUUUAGUUAGAGUUAUAUUGCCGCCUGUUGGUUUUAUAUGCUCUUGACAGUGCUUCAAUUGUGAUUUUGCAUAUUAGUUUGGACACAGAUUCUUUUAAAAAUAGCAUGUGUGAACAUGAUUCCUUUUUUUUUUUUAGAACGAAGGAGGAUAAAUCCAAAAUUAAUGUUUUCACAAAUAUCCCAGCAGGUAUGGUCUUAUGACAUUUGCAGGUAGGUUUAUAUUAUAUAUUCUUUUUUAAGUUAUUCUUAUCAUUGAAUAUCUAGUAAGGAUAUUUUUUUCAAAAGACAGAACAGGACUUGACAAAGCAUAACUUUGAUUUAUUUUUAAACUCUAAGCCUUAACAACAGCAGUGAUUGAGUUGUUCUGACAGAGAGUUAUUAAAUCAUCCUGCAUAAUGACCAGUGAUUGCCAAAACCAUGACUGAGCCACAAACUAUGAUAAUAUCUUCUUUCCUUAAGACUGUAACCAUGCACACCAUGAAAGGUGAAUCUAGUUUCUUACAGUGGCAGUGAGCAUGUGAUCUAGUUUCCUAAAUAGGGUGUAUUGUGUCACUUCAGGUUGGCCAAUCAAAGACAGUCUUCUCUGUUAAAAGUGGAGAAAGAAUUGAGAUCCUUUUCAUUCAGCGCAACAAUUUGAACACAAUGGCAUCUCCAAAGUUUGUCUUCUUAUGUUUGUUCUUUGGAAAAGUUGCUCAGGAGCCUACUCUGAAAAUGUCCUCAUCUGUUCGUCAAGACAGAGGUUUUGUAUUUCUUAAAACAGGGGACAACUUCACUUUGCAAUGUUUUUAUGAAGGUGAUGUUGCUGCAAGGUUUUAUUGGUAUAAGCAAACUCUCGGACAGAAACCAAGGCUCAUUUCUACCUUCUACAAGUAUGAAAAAGAAGGAAGUUUUCAUGAUGAAUUCAAGGACAAUCCACGCCUCUCACUGGAUACUGAAAUAGGUAAAAAUCACUUGACAAUAACGAAUGUGCGAUCUUCCGACUCAGCGACGUACUUCUGCGCAAGUAGCUAUUCAUACAAGUUUGAAUUUUAUGAGGGUACAACAGUGAAUGUACAAGCCUCAGGUUUGGAUGUCCCAGCUUUGGUCCAUCAGUCAGCAUCUGAGACCAUCCAGCCGGGAGACUCUGUGACUCUGAACUGUACAGUGGACACGGCAACCUGUGAGGAAGAACACAGCGUUUACUGGUUCAAAAGCUCUGAAAAAUCUUACCCAGGACUCAUUUACACCCAUGGAGGCAGGAAUGAUCAGUGUGGGAGAAAAACACAGACACAAACCUGUGUCUACAACCUGCCAAUGAAGAGUCUGAAUCUGUCUCAUGCUGGGACCUACUACUGUGCUGUUGUCUCAUGUGGACACAUACUGUUUGGAAACGGGACCAAGCUGGAAGAAGCUAAGGUGAACACUCUGGUCUUGGUGUAUUUCUUGGCUGGAGCUUUGGCAUUCACUGUCAUCUUGAGUGUUUUACUGGCUCUCUACCUGUGCAUUAUGUACAAAAGAAACAGCUGUGAAUGUUCAGAGUCUCAUACACAAUGUUCAGGUCCCUCCACAACAAAUGCACAGGGUGACCAAAAUGAAGAAGAAAUCCAUUACGCAGCAGUGCGGGAACACAAGGUGAAGCGAUCUGGAAGACGAAUAAACACCAACAACACUGAAUGUGUGUACUCAAGCAUCAGGCAGUAGUACCUGUUUUAUAUUUGUUGCUGUGUAACAAGUCUA